AUGGUUUUAAAGUAUGGUUAUGUGAUAGGCGAACAAAUUGGUAACAAGUCUGCGACUGAAGGAAAGAUAAUCACUCCCGCAAAAAUACCUGAAGUGGUUAGUUUAUCUGUGGUAAAUUCUUCAAGAUUCGUGAUCCUUGGUACUAAACCAGAAAUCCUUGAAUGGAUUCGUACACAUUCAUAUAUAAAACUUGAAGUUCAUUUGUUUGACAACGAAAAUGAAGCAUCACAUAUUCACAUCCCAGACGUAGUUGUUGAUCUUUUGCCAACAUUAGAUUCACACCAAAACAAAUCUCUUCUUGAUUAUGUUAAUAUUCUUCAUCAUCCUAAUCCUUCGGAGGAAGAAGUUCGUCUCGAAUUUCGUCCUCAAAAUCCGAAAAACGAUGAUCUUAUUGAACCCUAUUUUCGUCAUGUUGUAAAAAGGAAUUCUUCUUUUAGUGAAAUUAUUGAUGGUUUACAACAAAAAUGGGAUUCAAUUGUUUAUCCAAGUGCUUGGGAUAAUUUUAAAAAUGUUACCAGUUCUUUAACAAAUAAUGCAAAUGAUGAAAAUGUCGAUACUUCACUUGAUUCUAUUGUAGUUAAUAAAUAA